AUGCCCCAGUGGGAUUCGCCCUUGCGUGGGUACGAAGACGCAGAGCCGCUGCCCAGCACGCUGAACCCCGACGGGCUGACAGUGCACAACCCUCCUGGGAGCAGCGAGCUCUCGAGCGCGUACGACGAGUUUCCGAAGGAAUUCGAUCCCAGUGCGUGUCGGUUUGACUUUCACAUUUACUACGUGCCCUCCAGUCCCGAGGAGUCGACGUACGCCAAGGAGCUGUACGAGCGCAUCCGCCGGGAGUUCCCAGAGCUUCCCGUGUACCAGUUCUGGGAUAGACCUGUCGGACCGCACACGACCGCGAUGUUCGAGGUGGACACGCUCAGCCCGCAUCAGACAGGGGCGCUGUUUUCGGGCUUGCGGUACACCGGGGACCCUGCGAGUGACGUGCUCAUCCACCCCAACACCGGCGACGCCCUUCGUGAUCAUACGGAGCUGGCGACGUGGAUGUGCAGGCGCUGGCCUAUCAAUGACUCCAUAUUAAAGAAGAAAAACAAGGAUACAGCGUAA